AUGCUUAAUUGUGCAUUAAGAAUCCAAAAGGCGUUUGAAAGUUUACUGUCAGAUGUAAAUUUCGUGAAGUAUUUUGAGGAGGUUGACAAAUAUGGAAAGAAAAAGGAGGGGCCGCCUAUUGAAACAGACUGGGAGAAUGCAACAGUCUUUGUGAAAUUUUUGGAGACUUUCUACGAGGUGACAUUAAGGUUUAGUGGAUCAACCUAUGUUACGGCAGACAAGUACUUUAUUGAAAUAUGUAAUAUGCAGCGCACUUUGUAUAGAAUGGCAGUUGAGGAGGAUGACCCGUUGUUAGUGAGUAUGGCACAACGCAUGACAGUGAAAUAUGAAAAAUACUGGGGAAAGAUUGAGGAAUGUAACGAGGCCCUUAUAAUUGUCUUGGUUCAUGACCUAAGAUACAAGCUCAAGUAUCUCAACCAUUGCUUCAAAGCAUUUUAUGGUCCACUGACAUGCGCUCAGAUGGUUAAUGAGGUAGAACAAAAAUUACGAUCACUGUUUGAUUUGUAUGGUGGUGGAGGUUCUACAUUACUUCAGUCAUCUAUGACCCAGUCUCAGUCUCUGUCUCACUAUCAGCCUCGGCCUCAGCCUAGUGGAUCUUCCUCUUCCUCAUUCACUACUACUUCUAGGUUGAAGAAGUAUGCUUUAUUGCAUGAUGAGUUUGUACAACAAAGGAAAGAGGAAGAUGGUGAUAAAACAAAGAAUGAGGUUGAUAGGUAUCUAACUGAGGAUGUUGAACCUAUGAUUAAGGGUGUCAACUUUGACAUUUUGAAAGGUUGGGUAAGAAAUGCAUCCAAGUACAAGAACUUGUCAACCAUUGCUCGUGAUAUGUUAGCAACUGUUGUUUCUGAGGCUGCCAUUUCGACUGGUGUUAUGGAAAUGUAUAAUGUUGCAGAGAUCACAGAUGAUAUUACAAUUGCUGCUAGUGGUAGUGAAAAUAUUUCCACUUCGCCUUCUGGUUCUAUUAAUGCUCCUUCUACAGCCUCAUCUGCUGCACAAGGAACUGAAUCAAUGAAGAUGGGAACCUCAUCUUUAGACUUUGGAUAUUUUGUGGACUUUUAA